GUCUCGCAGUGACACUUGAGUUGACAACAGGCGCAGUCCUGAGCUGUGUGUUCCUGCAACAACGUACGACAAUGCAGCGGUGGGCAGGUCGCGUCGCCAUGGUGACUGGAGCCAGUUCUGGCAUAGGAGCUGCCAUCACAAAGGAACUGGUAAAGAAUGGCCUCAAAGUGAUAGGAAUGGCACGGAGAGUGGAGAAUAUUGAGGCUCUGUCAGCAUCACUGCAGUCGGCAGCGGGCCAGCUGUAUCCAGUGAAGGCAGACCUCACCCGAGAAAACGAGGUGUGCUCCGUGUUCCGUUGGGUGAAGAGCAACCUGGGAGGUGUGGAUGUUCUGGUCAACAGUGCAGGUGUGGCCAGCGCCAACUCUCUAAUCGAUGGUCCGGUUGAAAAAUGGAAGCAUAUUCUGGAACUGAACAUUCUGGGCCAGUCGCUUUGCACCAAAGAAGCAAUCCAGUCCAUGAACGAAAGAGGAGUGAAUGACGGACACAUUGUAAAUAUCAACAGCCCGGGAACAGUACGCACCGACCUGCCUGAAGCUUCAGGACUCACAGAUCCUUAUCAGGACAACCCGUACCUUGAACCCCAAGACGUAGCGGACGCCGUGGUCUACGUACUGGGAACCCGUCCGCAUGUUCAGGUCAGUGAACUGAUCAUCAGGCCAAUGGGCGAGACUCGGAUAUGAACUGCGUCCCUCGAAGUAUGCACAAUUAUGUAUAUAAUAUUGCGCCUUCAAUGUCUACCGUGUAUUUGUAUCUUAAAAGGGCACAAUAAACCCUAAACUUUAUUUUCAA